AUGGGCCCGCAGCCUGCAGUGGAGAAGCUGCAGGCGCAGUGGCAACAAAUGGUGUCCAAGUUCGGCCCCAACAAGCUCCACCUCACGGAGACUGGCUGGCCGACCGCGGGUGAGAGCUACGCUGGAAAUGUUCCAUCGGUUGGUGCUCUCACGCAGUAUUUCUACGACUAUGUGUACGGCUGGUCCGCCGACAAGGGUCAGUCGUACUUUUUCAUGAUGUACGACACUGUUGUGAGCUACACGGGUGCCGAGUGCGAGAAACAUUUCGGCCUGUUCGGCACGGACAUGAAGCCGAAAUUUAGCAUCCCGCAGUGUCCGAACCCGAACCAGCAGCGUCGUCUUCGCCGCGACUAA